GAUGUGGGUCCGAAUCUGCGCUGACGAGGCAAUAAGGGACGCGGCAGCAGCACCACCACAGCUGGGGGUGCGCGGCGCGACCCCCGCAACCAGCCCUGAACGUCCCAGCCCGGGAGGGUUCCCAAUUCCGGUUCCAGCUCGGCUCGCAGGUGACUCCCACACAGGUCAUGCUGUUGUCUUCUAAUCCAGCCGGCCCUACCAGGUGAGCCUGACCUCAGACCUAGGCAUCUGGGAGCAGUGUGACUCCCAUAUCUGCUGAGGGCACUCCAAAGUGGGGUCCAGUCUUUCAGGCCCCAUCCCUAUGGCCUUCCAACUCCUUCUUCUCUCUGGCCUGUUGGUUCUGUGGUUAACUCCCAUCUGCAUUCCUCUCCUGAAAGGCCCCUUAGCUAAUUCUUGCCCUGUUCCAAUAUAUGGAUAGCCUAUGGGACCUUGCUCUUUCUCUGCAUUACCUAGAAAACUGACAUCCAUGCGGAGGGGGUCCUCUCCCUCCUCAGGGUUCUAAGCCGCUGCUGCCCAUCACCUGCUCUCCUACCACUUCUAGGCCCUUGUCCUUGGGGAUGGGAUAUUUCCCACAUCUUUACCCCUCACCCUUAGAUCCUAGGCAGGGCAGGGUGAAGGGGGGGUGGGGUACAAGUCUCCUGAGAGUUUAGUGCUUGCAGAGAACCACGAACAUUGACAUUUCCAAAAAGUAUAAGUAUGGUUGGAAGGUUUUCCUGGACCACAGUGUUCACCUAAGCCUAGUCCUCGACUCUGUGCCUCUCUGUGUCCCUUGGUAGUGUCACAAGCCCUAGCCUACACCAGUGGCCUCGUGGUGAUCAAGUGUCCCUGUGAGUCGCUCUCAACUUCUCUCCCUACCAGGUGACCAUGCCUGCCCUCGGCCCAGCUCUUCUCCAGGCGCUCUGGGCCGGGUGGGUUCUCACCCUCCAGCCCCCCCCACCAGCUGCUUUCACUCCCAAUGGCACGCACCUGCAGCAUCUGGCACAGGAUCCCACCUCAGGCACCCUCUACCUAGGGGCCACCAACUUCCUGUUCCAGCUAAGCCCAGGGCUACAGCUGGAGGCCACGGUGUCCACUGGCCCUGUGCUGGACAGCAGGGACUGCCUGCCACCUGUGAUGCCUGAUGAGUGCCCCCAGGCCCAGCCCACCAACAACCUCAACCAGCUGCUCCUGGUGAGCCCAGGGGCCCUGGUGGUAUGCGGGAGCGUGCACCAGGGAGUCUGUGAGCAGCGGCGCCUGGGGCAACUAGGGCAGCUGCUGCUGCGACCAGAGCGGCCUGGGGACACUCAGUAUGUGGCUGCCAAUGACCCUGCAGUCAGCACGGUGGGAUUGGUGGCCCAGGGCUUGGCUGGGGAGCCCCUCCUUUUUGUGGGGCGGGGAUAUACCAGCAGGGGUGUGGGAGGUGGCAUCCCUCCUAUCACUACUCGGGCCUUACGACCACUGGACCCCCAAGCUGCUUUCUCCUACGAGGAGACUGCCAAGUUGGCUGUGGGCCGCCUCUCUGAGUAUAGCCACCACUUCGUGAGCGCCUUUGCACGCGGAGCCAGCGCCUACUUCCUGUUUCUUCGGCGGGACCUGCAGGCUCAGUCUAGGGCCUUUCGAGCCUAUGUAUCCCGUGUGUGCCUCCGGGACCAGCACUACUACUCCUAUGUGGAAUUGCCUCUGGCCUGCCAAGGGGGUCGCUACGGACUGAUCCAGGCUGCAGCUGUGGCCACAUCUGGGGAGGUGGGCCAGGGAGAGGUGCUCUUUGCAGCCUUCUCCUCGGCUGCUCCUCCCACUGUGGGCCGGCCCCCAUCAGCAGCUGCUGGGGGAUCUGGAGCCUCUGCCCUCUGUGCCUUCCCCUUGGAUGAAGUGGACCGCCUUGCUAAUCGCACACGAGAUGCCUGCUACACUCGGGAAGGCCGCACCGAGGAUGGGGCUGAGGUGGCCUAUAUUGAGUAUGAUGUCAAUUCCGACUGUGCACAGCUGCCCGUGGACACCUUGGAUGCUUAUCCCUGUGGUUCAGACCACACACCCAGCCCCAUGGCCAGCCGUGUCCCCCUGGAAGCUACACCAGUACUGGAGUGGCCAGGGAUCCAGCUAACAGCUGUGGCAGUCACCAUGGAGGAUGGACACACCAUUGCUUUCCUGGGUGAUAGUCAAGGGCAGCUGCACAGGGUCUACUUGGGCCCGGGCAGCGAUGGCCAACCAUACUCCACACAGAGCAUCCAGCAGGGCUCUGCAGUGAGCAGAGACCUCACAUUUGAUGGGGCCUUCGAGCACCUGUAUGUCAUGACCCAGAGCACACUUCUCAAGGUUCCCGUGGCCUCCUGUGCUCAGCAUCUGGACUGUGCAUCUUGCCUUGCUCACAGGGACCCCUACUGUGGGUGGUGUGUGCUCCUUGGCAGGUGUAGUCGCCGUUCCGAGUGCUCUCGAGGCCACGGCCCAGAGCAGUGGCUGUGGAGCUUCCAACCUGAGCUGGGCUGUCUGCGAGUGAUCGCCAUGAGUCCUGCCAACAUCAGCCGAGAGGAGAGGAGGGAGGUUUUCCUGUCAGUGCCAGACCUGCCAUCCCUGUGGCCUGGGGAGUCAUAUUCCUGCCACUUUGGGGAACACCAGAGUCCUGCCCUGCUGACUGGUUCUGGUGUGAUGUGCCCCUCCCCAGACCCAAGUGAGGCCCCAGAGCUGCCAAGAGGAGCCGACCAUGUCUCCGUGAACGUGGAGGUCAGGUUUGAUGCUGUUGUCAUUGUCCAAGCUUCCCUCUCCUUCUAUGACUGUGUGGCAGUCACUAAGCUCCGCCCAUCUGCACAGUGCCAGGCCUGUGUGAGCAGCCGCUGGGGGUGUAACUGGUGUGUCUGGCAGCACCUGUGCACACACAAGGCCUCUUGUGAAGCUGGGCCCAUGGUGAUGAACCAACAGAGCCUGCUUCUCUCCCCAACCCUUCCUGCAAGAGAUGUGCCCACCCCCUUCCCACCCACAGCCCCCAAGGCCACAUUCACCCCUGCCCCUGACACCCUUCCCAAGGAGCCUGGGGCUCUCUCUACAGCCGCAGGCUCGGAUAUCCCACCUGAGGCUAGGCCUUCCCUGCUCAGCCCCUGGGGACCACAGGCAGGCCCCAGCCCCAUACCUGAUUCAGCAUCCACAGAGUCACCUCUUCAUGAGGAACCUCCCCCUCCUAGCACCCCCAAUAGACCUGGAACUGCUGUCCCUGCCUCCAUUGACUUUGGACCCACAGCCACACCAGAGGACCUCUCCAUCUCCCACCCAUCACCCUCAGAUGCAGUAGCACUGCCCCCUGCCCUUGCAGACCCCGACUCUGAGGCCCUCCCCUCUGUGGUACCCCUGGACCAGCCCCCCGGCACUGCUACUGCCACCACUUUCCCAGGGGCCGCUGGCUCCACGAAGCCUGCUCUGGACUGGUUCAUGAGAGAAGGCGGCGAGCUUCCAGAGGCGGACGAGUGGACAGGGGGUGACACACCCGCCUUCUCCACUUCCACCCUCCUCUCAGGUGAUGGAGACUCGGCUGAGCACGAGGGCCCUCCUGCCCCCCUCAUCCUCCUGUCCAGCCUCGACUACCAAUACGACACCCCCGGGCUCUGGGAGCUGGAAGAGGGGAACUGGGGGCCGAGCUCCUGCCCUUGUGUAGAGAGUGUUCAGGGCUCCAUGUUGAUGCCAGUUCAUGUGGAGCGAGAAGUCCGGCUGCUGGGCAGGAAUCUGCGCCUCUUGCAGGACAGCCCAGGAGACAAUGAGUGUGUGAUGGAGCUCGAGGGCCGCGAGGUGGUGGUUGACGCCCUGGUCGAGUGUGAGCCGCCGCCAGAGACAUGGUGUCAUGUCACAUGCCAGCAGCACCAGCUCAGCUAUGAGGCUUUGCAGCCAGAGCUCCGUGUGGGGCUGUUUCUGCGUCGGGCUGGCCAUCUGCGUGUGGACAGUGCUGAUGGGCUGCAUGUGGUACUGUACGAUUGUUCCGUGGGACAUGGGGACUGCAGCCGCUGCCAAACUGCCAUGCCCCAGUAUGGCUGUGUGUGGUGCAAGGGAGAGCUUCCACGUUGUGUGGCCCACGAGGCCUGUGGUGAGGCUGAGGCUGUGGCCACCCAGUGCCCUGCGCCCUUCAUCCACUUGGUGGAGCCGCUGACUGGACCAAUAGACGGAGGCACCCGUGUUACCAUCAGGGGCUCCAACCUGGGCCAACAUGUGCAGGAUGUGCAGGACACGGUCAGGGUGGCUGGAGUGCCCUGUGCCGUGGACGCUCAGGAGUAUGAGGUCUCCAGCAGCCUUGUGUGUAUCACUGAGGCCAGCGGGGAGGAGGUGGCAGGCACUGUAACUGUGGAAGUACCAGGAAGAGGACGUGGCAUCUCAGAGCAUGACUUUGCCUACCAGGACCCAAAAGUGCAGUCCAUCUUCCCAUCCCGAGGCCCCAGAGCUGGGGGUACCCUCCUCACCCUGCGUGGUUCCAAGCUCCUGACUGGGCGACUGGAGGACAUCCGAGUGGUGCUUGGAGACCAGCCUUGUCACCUGCUGUUGGAGCAGCAGGUGGAGGAGCUGCACUGUGAGACCAGCCCACACCGCAUGCCAGCCAUGCUCCCUGUGUCUGUGUGGUUUGGUGCCACUGAGCGGAGGCUUCACCACAGCCAGUUUGAGUACACGUCAGACCCCAACAUCACUUCUGCUGGUCCCACCAAGAGCUUCCUCAGUGGAGGACGUGAGAUAUGGGCCCGGGGCCAGAAUUUGGAUGUGAUUCAAACACCGAGAAUUCGAGUGACUGUGGCUUCAAGAGCACCGCAGCCCAGCCAGGGGCUUGGGCGGAAGCGCCGUGUGAUCCCGGAGACAGCAUGCUCCCUGGGAGCCUCCUGUGGCCGUCAUCACUUUGAGGAGCCAUGCCACGUGAACUCCUCCCAACUUAUGACAUGCCGCACACCUGCUCUCCCUGGCCUGCCGGAGGACCCCUGGAUCCGGGUGGAAUUUAUCCUCGACAACUUGGUCUUUGAUUUUGCAACACUGAACCCCACACCCUUCUCCUAUGAGGCCGACCCCACACUGCAGCCCCUCAACCCCGAAGACCCUACCACGCCAUUCCGGCACAAACCUGGGAGUGUGCUCUCUGUGGAGGGGGAGAAUCUGGACCUCGCAAUGUCCAAGGAGGAGGUGGUGGCCAUGAUAGGGGAUGGACCCUGUGUGGUGAAGACACUGACUCGACACCACCUAUAUUGUGAGCCCCCUGUGGAACAGCCCCUACCUCGGCUCCAUACCCUCCGGGAGGCACCUGACACUUUGCCUGAGUUCACGGUACAGAUGGGGAACCUGCUCUUCAACCUGGGCCAUGUACAGUAUGAUGGCGAGAGCCCUGUGGCUUUUCCUUUGGCAGCCCAGGUGGGCUUAGGGGUGGGCACCUCUCUUCUGGCUCUGGGUGUCAUCAUCAUUGUCCUCAUAUACAGGAGGAAGAGCAAGCAGGCCCUACGGGACUAUAAGAAGGUACAAAUCCAACUGGAGAACCUGGAGAGCAGUGUGCGGGACCGCUGCAAGAAAGAGUUCACUGACCUUAUGACUGAGAUGACAGAUCUCACUAGUGAUCUUCUGGGCAGCGGCAUCCCCUUCCUUGACUACAAGGUGUAUGCAGAGAGGGUCUUUUUCCCUGGGCACCAGGAGUCGCCCUUGCACCGGGACCUGGGUGUGCCUGAGAGCAGGCGACCCACUGUAGAACAAGGGCUAGGGCAGCUCUCCAACCUGCUAAACAGCAAGCUCUUCCUCACCAAGUUCAUCCACACCCUGGAGAGCCAGCGCACCUUCUCAGCUCGGGACCGGGCCUACGUGGCAUCUCUGCUUACCGUGGCGCUGCAUGGCAAGCUUGAGUACUUCACUGACAUCCUCCGUACCCUGCUCAGUGACCUGGUAGCCCAGUAUGUGGCCAAGAACCCCAAGCUGAUGUUGCGCAGGACAGAGACUGUGGUGGAGAAGCUGCUCACCAAUUGGAUGUCCAUCUGCCUCUACACUUUUGUGAGGGACUCUGUAGGGGAGCCUCUGUAUAUGCUCUUCCGUGGAAUUAAGCAUCAAGUGGACAAGGGGCCAGUGGACAGUGUGACUGGCAAAGCCAAAUACACGCUGAAUGACAACCGCCUGCUCAGAGAGGACGUGGAGUACCGUCCCCUGACCUUGAAUGCACUGUUGGCCGUGGGGCCUGGGGCAGGAGAGGCCCAGGGUGUGCCUGUGAAGGUUUUGGACUGUGACACCAUCUCCCAGGCCAAGGAGAAGAUGCUGGAUCAGCUUUAUAAAGGAGUACCUCUUGUCCAGCGGCCAGACCCCCGCACCCUGGAUGUUGAGUGGCGAUCUGGGGUUGCUGGGCAUCUCAUUCUUUCUGAUGAGGAUGUGACUUCAGAGGUCCAGGGUCUGUGGAGGCGCCUGAACACCCUGCAGCAUUAUAAGGUCCCAGAUGGAGCAACCGUGGCCCUCGUCCCUUGCCUCACCAAGCAUCUUCUCCGGGAAAGCCAGGAUUAUGUCCCUGGAGAGAGGACCCCAAUGCUGGAGGAUGUGGAUGAGGGGGGCAUCCGUCCCUGGCACCUGGUGAAGCCAAGUGAGGAGCCAGAGCCCCCCAGGCCUCGAAGAGGCAGCCUUCGGGGCGGGGAGCGUGAGCGAGCCAAGGCCAUCCCUGAGAUCUACCUGACCCGCCUGCUGUCCAUGAAGGGCACACUGCAGAAGUUUGUGGAUGACCUGUUCCAGGUGAUUCUCAGCACCAGCCACCCUGUGCCUCUCGCUGUUAAGUAUUUCUUUGACUUGCUAGAUGAGCAGGCCCAGCAACAUGGCAUCUCUGACCAGGACACAGUCCACAUCUGGAAGACCAACAGCUUGCCGCUGAGGUUUUGGAUCAAUAUAAUCAAAAACCCACAGUUUGUGUUCGACGUGCAGACGUCUGAUAACAUGGAUGCGGUGCUCCUGGUCAUUGCACAGACCUUCAUGGACGCCUGCACCCUGGCUGACCACAAGCUGGGCCGAGACUCCCCCAUCAACAAACUCCUGUAUGCUCGGGAUAUUCCCCGUUACAAACAGAUGGUGGAAAGGUACUAUGCAGACAUCAGACAGACCAUCCCAGCCAGUGAUCAAGAGAUGAACUCCAUUUUGGCCGAACUGUCCCGGAAUUAUUCUGGAGACCUUGGGGCGCGAGUGGCCCUGCAUGAACUCUACAAGUAUAUCAACAAAUACUAUGACCAGAUCAUCACUGCCCUGGAGGAGGAUGGCACAGCCCAGAAGAUGCAGCUGGGCUAUCGGCUCCAGCAGAUCGCAGCUGCUGUGGAAAACAAGGUCACGGAUCUAUAGGGACCUGGCAAGCCUUGGCCUGCUGUUGCCACAGCCCCGCCUGGGCAGCCCUGGAACCAAGAGGGAGAGACCACCUUCUUAGAUGCCUAUAGUGUCUGACAAGCAGAGUUAGUGGAAGGUGGCUCCCAGUCUCCUGGUGGCUCUGGUCUGGGCCUUGCUACCCACCUCACAGGCCUGGGGCCUUGAGGCUAGUGGAGUGGUUCCCAGCCUGCUUCCCGAGCCCAGUGACCCUGUGGGCUAUUUUCUGUGUGAUGUCAGCCUGCAGGGAGUCGGGGACUAAGGGCUUCCAGAGAGUAGCUGGAAGGGCUUCCAGACUCUGGGGAGACUGUACUGUUUCUGGACACUGGCCUUUACUCCACUGGGAUUCAUGGAGGAGGGAGGAAAGUUUCCACUUCCUGUCCUGUCCUCCUCCACCAUCCCUGACCUCAGUUCAGCUGACUGUGGCCUUGCUGCUGCCAUUUUCCUAGGUCCGAGAGAUGAAUACAUUUCUUAGGUCACUACAAACUCAUCCUUCAGCAGGGUUGGCUGCCUCAGGGCCACCCUGCCUCACAGGCAGCCCACUAGUGGUGAGGGGCUUCUGCUACAGGGGGGCCUUGGGGAGAGUGAUGGCCCCACUGACCCAGCUCUUCAUUAAAAAAUAACACAC